AACAAGCAUAACAAAACGUAGCAAGAUGGCGGCGCGCAGCUAGCGCUCCGUGAUAGUUCUUCAUGCAUAGUUUUUUGUGUAUGUGAUGCGGUCUUGGGAAACGCGGGACGCCGGAUAUAUAGCGUUUCUCUCAUGAAUAGUGUGCCUUUUCUGCUUACUGCAUUUUAACUGUCAGCCAAUGGCAACGAGUGAGGACGAAACUGAGGUGUUCAGCCAUUUCGGCCAAAUCUUGGCCGAUCCUCCACCCAAGAGGGAUUUAUGCAACAAGUGCAGGCGGCCGCCUUCCGUUUGCUGGUGUUGCUCAUUGCCGGCGACCCCAGUUGCCAUCUCCAGCAAGGUUUACAUUCUCCAACAUCCCGGAGAGGUGAAACGGAACCUGUCCACAGCUCCUAUGCUUGAGGCAGCACUCUCCAGCGAGAGAUGCAUAAUUCUCCGAGGUCGUAGGUUCUCGAGGGAGCGCUAUGGGCUGCUGGAAAGUGUCCUUGAUCCUUCAUCAGCGGACACCAUCCUCCUGUAUCCUGGGCCUGAGGCCAAAGACGUACAAUCAUUAGCCACUGUUCAGCAGCGAGGGCAAGGAUACAAUAUUGUAGUUUUGGACGGCACCUGGUCACAAGCUCGUUCACUCUUCUUCAACAGCCCACAGCUGCACUCACUGCAACAGGUGCAGAUAAAUGCUUCCCAGGCAAGUCGCUAUGUGAUACGAACUCAGCCAACAAGUGAAUGCCUUUCAACAGUAGAGACGGUGGCCUAUGCCUUGGCAGCUCUCGAGGAGAAGCCACAUCUACAAGAGGUGCUGACAAGACCGCUGCAAACCUUGUGCCGUUACCAGUUGGAACAUGGUGCUGUGAAACACGAGAGCAAGGAGUUUCUCAUUCAGAAUGGACUAUACAUGAAGCCGUUGUCACGACGCAUCAUGCACAAGCUGGCACGCAAUGAAGAUCUCAAAGACGCUUUGAAGUGACUGCUCAUGUGUUACAACCUGUGAUCAAAUACGCGAGGAAAGUACUGUGGUUUAGUGUGAAAGUCUGUGGGACCUGCCAGUUAGCAACCAUUUCCACAAUUGAUGUGAAUGUUAAAGCACCGAAGCCAUACAGGUACCUUUUAGGGCACCUACAAGCGUCCAUGUGAGGCUUUUUUUUUUUCCUGGCACUACACAACAAAACAUUUACGUUUGUCUGAA